UUGUUAUUUUUCUGUUCUUUUUUUCCUUUCUUGUUUUUUCAAACUGAAUAUGAGAAAAAUGGGUUUUAUGUAUGUAUAGUUGAAGAUUGAGUUUGUUUUGGAUUUUGGAAAAUGAUUUUUCGUGAAGACCAGUAGACCCCUUUUGACCUUUUCUUUAAUCUGUUACUUAGUGGGGAAAGUUUUUAUUUUUAUUUUUAAUUCUUUUAUUGGCUUUAUUUCCUUGCUUCUUGCUGAAGAAUUCCUUGUUGGUAAUUAAUGUCUUUUUAUUUUUAUUUUUUUGUUAUUGAAGUAUAAUUGUUUGCUUUUAAAAGGAGUUGGUUUUGUUUGAAGCAUCUUGUUUUGAAGAGUUCUCUUCAGUAAUGAUCAAAAAGAAAAAGGAAAGGGAAAAUUUUGAUUCUUGAAUAGAUUUUCUCCUUUUCUUUGUCAGAGAGUGAAAUUUGUAAUUGAGAGAAGUAGCAUGUGGAUUUUACAGUAGGUUGCCUAAGGCAUAGUCUUUCUCCUUCCUUUUUCUAUUUUUCCAUUUUGGUAAAGAAUAUUAUUUAUUGGUUGCCAUUAGUUUCUGUGAUAUGUGCCUUUUCUCUAUUUUCUUGAGAGUCAGAAAAUAAGGGGAACCUUCGAGCAAUGGUCAAUUACGGUUUCGAGCCGUGAAAGCAGCCACCAAUACUUGUAUUAGGGUAGGCUGUCUACAGCAUACCCCUGCUCUUCCUCGGAGCGUAACCGUGGUAUUCCUUGUGCACCGAAUUGUCUUGAGAGUCAGAAAAUAGGAUGAACCUUUAAAAUUUAUUGUUUCCUCACCUAGCAAAAGAGUGGAUCCAGAGAUGAAAGUAUGUGCUGUCGACUGCAGCCGUUGAAAAGCAUUUUUUAUUCAACUGUAGCAUCGGCUUUUGUAUUAGUUGGAUCACUACCAUGAACAUGAAUAAUCUGACUGUUGAAACUGAGGAUUCUUUUGUUAGCUUGCUUGAACUAGCCGCUAACAAUGACAUAGUAGCGUUUAAGAGAUGGAUAGAGCAUGAUCUAUCCGGUAUUCAUGAGGUUGGACUGUGGUAUGGGCGCCAAAAGGGCUCAAGGCAAAUGGUCUUGGAGCAUAGAACUCCUUUGUUGGUUGCUGCUACGUAUGGCAGUAUCGAUGUUCUGAAACUGAUUCUGUCUUUACCUGAAAUUGAUGUGAAUCAAUCAUGUGGCCGAGAUAAGAGCACUGCUCUUCACUGUGCUGCAUCUGGUGGGUCUCCGAACGCUGUUGAUGCUGUCAAGAUGCUUUUAGAAGCCGGUGCUGAUCCAAACUCUGAAGAUGCCAAUGGCCAUCGCCCUGGGGAUGUCAUUGUUGUAUCUCCAAAGUUUCACUUGACAGAAUCAUCCCUGGAGAGCCUUCUUAAAAGUGAUACAACGGGGAAGUGUAGCCUGAGAUUGUCAAUAGCCACUUCGAACUCAAAUUCUCCACCACUUUCGCCUUCCCCUGGAAAUAGAUCACCUUCUUCUACUUCAGACUCAACUUCUUCCCCAAAGAGUGCAAAGUCCGAUGACCUCCCUGUAUCUUCUGCAUCUGAGAAGAAAGAGUACCCCAUUGACCCCUCCUUGCCUGACAUUAAAAACAGCAUCUACUCUACAGAUGAAUUCAGAAUGUUCUCGUUUAAGAUCAGACCUUGCUCUCGUGCAUAUUCUCAUGAUUGGACUGAAUGCCCAUUUGUCCAUCCUGGUGAAAAUGCUCGAAGAAGGGAUCCAAGAAAAUAUCACUACAGCUGUGUACCUUGCCCUGAGUUCCGGAAGGGAGCUUGCCAACGAGGGGACAUGUGCGAAUAUGCUCACGGGGUUUUUGAGUGUUGGCUGCAUCCUGCUCAGUACAGAACCCGACUUUGCAAAGAUGGUACAAAGUGCAAUAGAAGAGUUUGCUUCUUUGCCCACACACAGGAAGAACUCAGACCCCUGUAUGUCUCUACUGGUUCCGCUGUUCCCUCACCUCGCUCGAACACCUCUGCUGCCAAUGCCAUGGAUUUUGCAGCAGCUAUGGGCCUUAUUCCAGGUUCUCCUUCGUCGGUCCGUGUCAUGUCCCCAUUACCUUUCACUCCUCCGAUGUCUCCCUCUGCUAACGGCGUCUCAAACAUGAGUUGGCCUCAACCAAAUGUUCCAGCAUUGCAUCUUCCUGGCAGCAAUUUCCAGUCCAGUCGCUUGAGGUCAUCACUACAUGCAAGAGACAUCCGUGCUGUAGACUUUAACUUUGAUAUGCAACAACAACAGCAAUUUAUAAAUGAAUUCUCCUGCCUAUCACAGUCCAGUGUGAAUGCUAAUUCUUUGAACCGUUUAGCUCAUCCUAAGACCCUAACUCCUUCAAAUCUUGAGGAUUUAUUUUCCGCAGAGAGCUCAUCUCCUAGAUAUUCUGAUCAGGCAUUAGCUCAAGCAGUUUUCUCCCCUACUCACAAGUCUGCAGUUGUCAAUCAAUUCCAGCAGCAGCAGCAGAGCAUGUUAUCUCCCAUUAAUACAAAAUUUUCACCAAUAAAUGUUGAUAAUCCUCUGUUGCAGGCUUCUUUCGGGGUUCAAACACCGGGAAGGAUGUCACCCCGAGGAAUGGAGCCAAUAUCACCUAUGAGUUCCCGUGUGUCUACGCUUUCUCAACAUGAGAAGCAGCAGCAAUUUAGGAGUCUUAGCUCUCGCGAUCUUGGCUCCAAUGCUUCUGCUGUUAUUGGAUCUCCAGUAGAUACUUGGUCGAAGUGGGGUUCCUCUACUGGAAACGCAGAUUGGGCUGUCAAUACUGAGGAGUUUGGUAGACUAAAGAGAUCAUCGUCAUUUGAGCUUGCUAACAACGGAGAAGAGCCUGAUCUGUCGUGGGUUCAAUCUCUCGUCAAAGAAUCACCACAGGAGUUGAAAGACAAAACUGCAUCUCGUGUCUUAGGUCUCGCAGGCUCUACUGCAGAUCUCGCUGAAGAUUCUACUUCGAAAUGGAGCAAAUGAAGCUUGAUAAGCUAAUGGCUCAGUAAAAAUAUCCUCAUUUUCAUUUUGCCGGGCCUUGGCGUUUUCAUAACAUAAACUUUUGGUAAAGAGUAACCUUUUUACAUUGAAGGGGAGCCUUGGAGCAACGGUAAAGUUGUCUCCGUGUGAUUUAUAGGUCACGGGUUCGAGCUGUGGAAGCAGCCACUAAUGCUACAUUAGGGUAGAUUGUCUACAUCACACCCCUUUGGAGUGCGGCCCUUCCCCGGAACCUGUAUGAACGCGGGAUGCCCUUUUACAUUCUUAUGGUUUCUUUAUGCUGGCUUCUGAGCAGGGCAACUGUAAGCAGAGAAGAAGCCAGCAAAGGAGCUCCAAAAUUCUGAAAGAUAUUAAUUUUUCUUUAUUAUUUAAAUUUAUUAUUAUAACAGACAGUAGAAGAAUGGGUUAUUGAGAAAUGAGACCCAGUGCAGGUGAUGUUUCUUCAAAUAUUAUUGUGUAGUCUCUUAGUUACAAAAGUUAUUACCUUUAUUUCAUUAGACUGAUAUUUCAUUGUACUGAAAAAGGGAUUGUCAGCCUUUGUGACAAUUCAGCAUUGAUAUGAAGUUAUUUCAUUUUCAAUUUUAUUUA